UACAACGUUGGUGUCAAAGUUCAAAUGGUUGUUGCUGACCUUGCCAGCUGUUUUGCCGCGUAUUUUCUGUUUGUCAGAAGUUCGUAGGUGUUUGAAUCAUUCCUAAUGAAAACUGAGAAAUAAAGAAAUGUCACUGAAAGAUAUAGAAGUAAAACUGAAGACGCUGGGUGUGAAGAAUGAUGUAGCGUCUCUUGAAGCUUUCGUGAGUAGUCUGGAAGAUGAAAAGAUUUGCUCUCUGGUAUCCUGUAAGAUAUGCCAUUCAGAUGCUCCUCAGUUGCUCAGUUACCUUUACCGAGGCAUGCCCCAGAACAGCGCUACAGAAGUGAAGCGUUUCAAGGUGACUGAAAGGGUUCUCAGGGGACUGCAGUCACAGGAACUGCAGAACAAGCAGGUGAAUGCUAUUGUGAGUAGGCUGGUGUUGGAGGUAGAGAAGUUGACACCAGCCCAGCUUGUGCAGUUCUGUGAUUACUGCAUUCACUGUAUACAGCACGAGGAUGGAGAGCGGACAAGCUGGAAGGACCUGCUCCCAAAGCUCUUGAGUGUCCUUGUUUCUAAUGACUCAGUGAACCAUGCUGGUAUAGACAUGACUGGCUCGGAGUACAAGUCAGAAGUCAUCAGAACAUUACUGAUGGUGCAAUGGCGACCUUCAAUUGUCACGUCUCUGGCUUCAAUGUUCAUUGAGGUGUCGCUGACCUCUGAACAGCACCUGCAGGUGGUGAACAAGCUCUGCUCUAGCUUUGAGCAGCUGGCCCCACCAGAAAUACCACCUUUAGUGCAUCAGCUGCUGCAGCUCUGUAAGAACAAACAUGGUGUAGCACUUUUUCUCAGACUGCAGGCUUAUUUCUGCACACGGCUUUAUAACAGACUUCUGUCCACUGCCAGCAGCUCAGAAAGUACCAGCUUGGUUGCCAAUGGUGAUUCUAUAGGACUGGCAAGUGAGACUGAGACGCAGGCUGCCGAAGCUACUGUGUUGUUCCACAUCCUUCAGUCCGCUAGGUUUGGCCAUGCUAGCAUUAGGAAUUUCUUGAAGUUUAUGAAGAAUGUAGCAAAUGCACCAGAACUUGUAUUGGAUCCGUUCCUGCUGACUGUACUGCUGUCUGUUUCAAAUAUAUCGAUUUAUCAAGAGCAGGUAUUUGAUGUCUUAAAGUGCACGAUGCAGCGAGCAGUGCAGGAGGAAGAGAAGAAGGUAGAGUCUGCUUGGCUCCGUGACAUGAUGCCCAGCUGCUGUGAUGUGGAGUUUAUAUUCACUAAGCUCAUGGCAAAUAGUCUCCGAGAGCGCAGCUCAGUAAUGGAGGGGUUAGUGAACCUGGCAUUUAUACUGUUAGGAGCAAAGGCUGCUAAAGGGAAGGAAAGUGUGGCAGAGAAGCUGAGGAGGUUUGGCAUGUUUGUAUUAGUGAGACUUACAAGAAAGCAUACCGAAACAACAGGACCUGUCCUGCAGCGGCUAACAGAUUGCAUUAUCACCGGACAGGAUAUUACACAAUACACAGAUUGUCUGCAUCAGAUGGCAAUGACUAUACCACUGGUGUUCAACGAACACCGUGCAAUUAUCAUUGCUCUCCUCGAGAUGCUCACUAAGUUACCAGGACCUGUUGCUGAAAAUGUGGUGUAUGCAAUGUUGCCAAUUGUACGCUCAUUCCCUUCUCUGCGAGAUGUUCUCAUCAUGGUGUUGCGCAAAGCCCUGUUUGCUCGGGAUGUGGGGUUGAGGAAGAUGGCUGUGUCGGGAUUCCUGCAGCUGCUGAGUAACCUCGAUGUGAAAGGGAUGGCAGUACUGAGCAGUAGUCAGUCAAGUCAGCGCAGUCAGGGCCGACCUCCAGCACACAGUUUGUUGACGCAGAUUGACUUGGAAGCAGGAAAUUCUAGCACCAACAAUGAGGCCAUUUGCCUGGAGCUGCUGGGAGUGUUACGCAGAUGUUUCAUGCAGCAGGCUGACGUAAGACUUCGUCUUUAUGAAGGUCUCCAUUCUGGAGUGAUACGGAAUCCAGAGCUGAGAGGCUUUGUUCAAGACAUGCUGAUCAACCAUUUCAAUCAGUUCUAUCAGUCUGAUCCUGACACCUUGCCCCCACUCAAUCUCACAAAGGCCGUCACUCUCAGAGACGUCUCUGCCGAGUUACAGGAACCUUUGGGACACCUUAUUUUUUCAAUUCAGCAGGUUGCAAGCACUGACUCAUCUGACAGUAGUCCUACCAAGCUCAUCAACAUUUUGGAGUCACUGUGUUCACGCAUGUUGAAGUGUUCUCUCGAGAACUUUGGUCUGAAUGAGGCAACAGAUCUCUUGGAUGGCCUGCCAGAAAGUCAGCAGCAGCAAGAGAUUGUGCGACAGAUUCUUGGAGUGUUUGAAGCCCUCAUGGGUUACACUAUCUCAACAUGGACCAAAGAUACAUCUGCUGAAAAGGCAAAGAAACUCAACAGCCUGUUCAAGGGUUACAGUAGGGUGGCAGAAUAUGCUAAGAGUAAUCAUAAAACUGGAAAGAAAACUGAUGGAGACACAGGUGGUGCUUCGCGGCCAAAGAGGAAGGACGACAAGAGAGUAGCACCCACAAAAGGGCGAACAGUGACGUUCAGAUUUCCACACACAGUGCUAGAUUACCAUGUGACACAUAGGAUGCUCUGUAUUUUGCACAUGAACUCUGUGCCGUGGUGUACAGAUGAAGCAGCUAAUCAGAUUAAAGGUCAUCGUGGGUUCAGCAUAUAUGUAUUGGAGGCAACACUGAAAUUGUUGAAGGCUUCCCUAGCUGAGAAUCACACCAUUCUCAAGUCUACAUCCAGGCUCAAUUCAUACAUCAAUAUUGGCAGUGUCGUGUACUCCCAGUGCGUGACCAAACUGCAGGAGUUUGUUGAGUUCGAUGCUGGUACAGCUGCCCUCGCACUGGAUUGCUUUAAUGGAUUGUUUGGCCUUGUAUGUUCUCAUUAUAAGGAGAAACUGGGGCUGUUCCUCGGAGAAGUAGUAGGGACUGUGCCAGCUAGUGAAGGGCUGACCAAACAGCUGUUUGCUCUGGUAUCGAAGCAUAAGGAACUUCUGACUGGUAUUCUGUCAAUGGAAGAUGAAGCAGCAGAUGAAACAGCUGUAAAGAAGAUCCCUCUGUUGCUUAUACAAGGCAUCACACAGUUCACACUGCAGAUCCCUUGCAAUGAUGCCUGUAGACAGGUGCUGAAAUGGGUGAAGUUAUUUGUGAAAGACAGAGUGCUGUCAAAUGUUAACCUGGUGAAACGGAUGUUGUCUCUGCUGUUUACACUGGAGCUUCGUUCCAAGGGCUCCAGUCAGCUGUAUGAGCACAUUGCUAUGCAGCUGUCAGAUCUCAUGGGGACUGUUAAUGAAGAUGAAGAAGCUGAGAAGCAUAUAUCAUACUCUGCUGUCAGGGCCGGCUACGAAAAUGCAGUGCUAUUCCUCCUUUGUGACAUCGUGAAGCAAAUGCUGGAGCUUAUAGAUUGGACACUGUUGCGAUUUCGAGCGGAAUACACUGCCAUGACACAUUCUGUAGCUGACAGGCUACAAGCAAAUAGGGAAAGUCUGAAAAGGAAGGAGUGUGACGUGGUGCACCAGAUAAGCCAGUGUGUACAGAUCCUCAACUAUGUGAGCAAUCUGGCACUGAAGCCAGGCCCUGCAACUGAUGCUGUCCUCAAGCUGCUGACUCACCAAUAUACAAGUCUCACCAUGCUUACAAAAUACUUCAUUUUACGCUCCACCAAGACAGAUCCUGCUUUUCGUGCUGUCAGGUUUGAGAUGGUAGUGAAGCUGACAGGGAAGUAUCUAUCCCCACAUGUCUACAAUUUGAUUUCUCACAUCGAGGCCAGUCAGAAGCUGGAGAAUGGUACAAAAAAGAAGAAGGCAGAUCCAUUGGCCAUGAAAUCAAAGGUCCUUAGGGAGACACGAUUCAUCCCUAAUCUUAUCUACGAAAUUGAACAAUAUGAGAAGUUUGUCAUUGAGUUAUCCAAGAAAUCCAAGGUUAAUCUGAUGAGUUACAUGAAGCUGAGUACAUAUCGGGACUUCCGGAUCUACUCAAAACGUUUGCAGGCUGCUGAUGACCAAGAUCAGUCUAAUGCUGGGAAUGAUACAGUUGUAAGUGGCGUGGAAGCACAAGAAAAUGGACACAGUGUUAGCAGUGUAGUGAAAGAGCCUCCCAAAAAGAAGGCUCGCAAGCAGUGAAGUCAUGUUUCACUACUACUCUCUGCAGCUGGACUUGUUUUGUGGUUUCCAUUUGAACCAUGGAAGUGCACUUUGUCUUUUUUGAAAGAAGAUGUAAUAUGACCUAUGACCAAUGAUUUAACCAGUAUUUUGUGUAAGUUAUGUUAUUCUGGAAAUUUUGUUACAGUGUCUAAAGCUAUUACUUUGGUUCAUACAAACACUUGCCGUCUUAUUUUUCAAAUGUAUCUUGCCAUCAAGGCUGGUUACAUUUCCAAAAUAUUGAAAUUCACAUACAGUGAAGUCACAUUUUAUGUGAGGGAUACAUUUCUGAAGACUUCUCAUAAUUCAAGACAAGUUUUCUCAUAGGAAUAGAUGUAAGGUGAGGAUUGUUUGGGAUUCACAUUAUUUCAAAUUCACAUAAAAUGUGGCCCCACUGUACUUUUAUUAUUUUGUUGUCUCACACAGUCUUACAGCUUACAAAUCACUUCUUUUUUAAGUUUACAGUUUUUAUUUUCUUAAAAGAAAUUCUUAUAUCACAUUAUAUCAUUAAGUGAGAGAAAAUAAAUAAAACUAUUUUCAUGUAUACCAAAAAAAUUAAUAUUCCAAACUUGACUAACAUCCAGUGUUUUUUGAGGAACCUGUUGCCUCCUUUUUCAGGACAAACUGGAUCCAACAGCUUCCUUGAAAUAGUAAAUGCAUACCAAAGGGAAUGGUGUCACAUCCCAAAAGACAGUAACCUCCAUAAUCAACCCUCAGAACCUAAAAUUUCAUAAUGUCCAUUGAAGUUUAUCAACUCGAAUGUUGCGUGCAUUUCUUGUUUCCCCAUAUGUGCUACAUGUCCCACACACCACACUCUUGAUAUAAAUAUCCUAACACCUUUAUGAAACUCCCCAUUUUCCACAU